GUGGUCUUGCUUCGAGAGCGGUGGUAUUUCGUGGACAAAUUUUACCCUUCGCCAGUUAGUGAUUAUGGUGUUUUCGAAGAGAAAGAUGAAGCAGUUCUUAGCGUUCGGAGUGACGAUCGUGCUGGUGAUUUGUUUGUAUAAAUCAUGGGGCAGCCCAACCAACGGAGUGCCACCCUAUGGCGAAGGAUUCGACGACGAAGGUGAUAACAGCAUUCUAGGUGUGGGAGGUACCGAACCAAACCGCCGCGCCGGAUUCGUGUCGCACGAAAAGCCAGCUAUGCUGGCAUCGGUCGAUCGAAACGGUAUCGAUAAACAGUACCCAAACAUCGAUAACGAUGCCCACAAUCGAGCGCUGAAUGAUGGGGAGAUGGCCGGGCGAAAGGUAUACGAACGGGUGCUGAAACAAACCAAACAUGACCCGUCCAAGUCGGCCUCGUCGUCGCUGGUCAGCGGAAGCAAUUACAAUGGACCGUCCAAUAAUGUAGGGUUACCUCCGCCGGAUGACUACGAUCCUGCACACGACUUUCGUAUGAACGAGCUCUACGAGGCCAAGCGCCAGAUUCUGGAACUCCAAAGGAAGAUACAGGAACUGGAGGGUCGCAUACCGCGCAAGUACCCAGACGUAACGUUUUUGAACUACAAAAAUCGCAAGAGAAUCUUGAUAACGGGCGGAGCGGGAUUCGUCGGUUCCCACCUGGUCGACUACUUGAUGAUGCAAGGUCACGAGGUAAUCGUGGCGGACAACUUCUUCACCGGACGGAAGCGCAACGUCGAGCACUGGCUUGGGCACGAAAACUUCGAGCUGAUCCACCACGACAUCGUCAAUCCGCUGUUCAUCGAGGUGGACGAAAUCUACCACCUCGCCAGUCCGGCCAGCCCACCUCACUACAUGUAUAACCCGGUUAAGACGAUCAAAACCAACACGCUCGGCACGAUCAACGUGCUCGGGCUGGCCAAACGUGUCGGGGCCAAAGUGCUGAUCGCCAGCACGUCCGAGGUGUACGGUGAUCCCGACGUUCACCCACAGCCGGAAACCUACUGGGGGCACGUGAACCCGAUCGGUCCCCGGGCGUGCUACGACGAGGGCAAGCGCGUAUCCGAGACGCUCAGCUACGCCUAUGCCAAGCAGGAGAAAGUGAACGUGCGUGUUGCGCGAAUCUUCAACACCUACGGCCCGCGGAUGCACAUGAAUGAUGGACGCGUCGUGUCCAAUUUCAUUAUCCAAGCUCUUCAGAACCAGUCAAUUACAAUUUACGGCAGUGGAAAGCAAACACGAUCGUUCCAGUACGUUUCCGACUUGGUCGAUGGACUGGUGGCGCUAAUGGCGGGUAACUACACGCAACCAGUUAACCUCGGAAAUCCGGUCGAGCGGACGAUACAGGACUUUGCCGAAAUCAUUCGUGAUCUGGUGGGUGGCAAGAGCCAAAUUAUCGAGCUUCCCGCCGUAGAGGAUGAUCCCCAGAGGCGGAAACCGGAUAUUUCACGCGCAAAGAAGUAUAUCAAUUGGGAACCAAGGGUUCCCCUGCAGGAAGGGCUCACGAAAACGGUCGAUUACUUCCGGAAGGAGUUGGCACGUUCAAAUCACUCGCAGCGCAACAUUUUCGUACCCGAAACGACAGAAUUCCGGAAUUUAGUAUGACCACCCGCCGCUAGUUCUUUCCAUUGGAAGGGAUGCUACACAUGAAUUGAUUUUCUCCUCAUCGAAAUAGUUUCGUUGGGUCGUUUGUUUUUGUAGAUAUGAUACGAAGCUAAGAAAGACGGCGAGUGUAGCAAAAUUAUGUGUUAAAUAUUGUCUCUGACGGUGGUGAGUGCAAGUAAAUGAAGCUGGGUUUUACUCUUUUUUAAUGUAAAUACUUUCUAGUCCGGUUUUUUAUAUGGAAAAUGUAAGAUGGAUUUUAUUUUGCUUUUGCUUUUUCUCUCUGUGAAACUACAAUAGAUAAGUAUGAAGAGAAUCUGUUGAUUAUGUACUAGAUUAUAAAAAUAAAAAAGGCAAUGCUAAAGUGUGACUGAAAUUUAGCAACUAAA